AUGGUAAGGUUUAUAGCAAACAUUAGAGAUCCGACAACUUUGGAUACUCUGUUUGCCUUGCACCUGAGGAAGGGAGAGUCUCUCAAAACUUAUGCGUCAAGGUAUUUAGAUACAUAUGCAGAUAUUGAAGAUUGUGAUGAGAAGACUACUGUAGCUACCUUCUAUAUGUGCGACAAAGACAUCUUAAAGAAGGGGAUCGUCAGUUCUCCCACCCUCAGGAAGGAUAACAAAAAGGCUGACAUAGGCGGAAGCGGACGGGAGAAUGAGUCACUUAAGGCUCCAAAGCUUAGUUCAUAUGAAGCGAUGAGAACAAUAUUUAAAGACCCUAUAUACUUAAUACUCCCUCAGAUUGUUGACAAGCUGUUCUUUAGGCGACCAAACAAGAUGGUCGGGGAUCCAUCGACUCGGAACCGAUGCAAAUGGUGUUCCUACCAUAAGGACAAGGGCCAUAGAAUAGAGGAGUGCGGAGAGUUCAAGCGGCACUUGGAGGAUCUAAUGCGACAAAGACAUAUUAAAGAAUUCAUUGACAGAGAGAAUACUAUUGGAGAGAAGAAAGUAGAGCCCCAACCAAAUAAACAAGAUCCUAUGCAUUAUGUGGUCAAUUUUAUUGACACGAUGAUGCCCGAGGUUCCACUCAAUGAAGGAUUGAGGCGGACGGAGUAUAGAAGGGUUUAUCAUCAUCAGGAGGUCUUGUGUAUGGACUUCAAUCCUGAGUUGGGACAAAAAAGGCCGAGGGAGUCAACAACAGUAACCUUCAACAAGGAAGAUACAACUGGAGUGAUCUUCCCACAUAAUGAUGCUCUCGUGAUCUCCCUGAAAAUAGGCAUAGCCAUGCAUUUGUUGGAGGCUGUACCAUCCUCUUACCACCAUAUGAUGAAGUUCACUUAUGAAGACAAUGUAGUGGAGAUAAGAGGUGACCAGGCUACGUCAAAGGAAUGCUUCAUGGAAAAAGUCAAGUCCUUAGAGAGAGUUAUGCUGAUGGAAGAAGAGGCUCUUGUUCUUGAGGAGGUUGGGAAGGAACCUAUGACCAAGUCGAUGGAAGAUCUUGAGAAAGUGGAAGUAGCACCCCGAAGUCCAUAA